AAACUACCAAAAUGUCAGGCACUUUAGAAGACUUGAGCGCAGACCAAAAGCAAGCUCUAGAUACAUUCAGAGAAACUAUCAAAGCUAAGGAUUAUUACAACGAAAAGAGACAUGAUGAUAGAGGUCUACUCAGAUUCCUCAGAGCUAGGAAGUUUGAUUUACAAAAGUCCGAAGAAAUGCUUGACGCUGCUGAAAAGUGGAGAAAGGAAUUCGGUGUAGAUGCUAUUAAAGAAUCGGAAUUCGACCAGAACGAGUUAGAGACUAUUAACAAAUAUUACCCAAAGUUCUACUACAAAACUGAUAAGGACGGUAGACCCGUUUAUAUUGAAAGACUCGGAUACCUCAACGUACCAGAACUCUACAAAGCCACAACAGCUGAACGCAUGCUUAAACACCUCGUUUACGAGUACGAAAAGUGCUUUGACUCUAGAUUCCCAGCAUGCUCAGAAGCAUCAGGCAAGCAUAUUGAGACUUCAUGUACUAUCCUUGAUAUGUACAACGUCGGAAUAAAGAGCUUUUACGAUGUUAAAGAUUACGUAGCUCAAGCUAGUAACAUUGGUCAAAAUUACUAUCCUGAAACAAUGGGUAAAUUCUACAUUAUUAACGCACCAUUCCUUUUCACAACUGUUUGGAGCGUUGUUAAGGGUUGGUUAGACCCUGUCACUGUCUCAAAGAUCGUCAUCCUCGGUAAAUCCUACAAGGAUGACUUGCUUAAGCAAAUUCCAGCAGAGAACUUACCAAAAGACUUUGGUGGUAAAAGUGAAGAAGAUAUUUUCUCUGAUCCUGGACCAUGGAACCCAAAGACCAACACUCAAUAAAAAACGACUAUUAGAAGAUACAGCUUUCAAAGGAAAUAUUCAGCGGUGUAUAUACAUGAUAUUUGUUAUGC